AUGGAAGACGAUUGCAUCGCAAUUCAUUGCGCAUCUCCGUUGCUAUUUCCGGUGGGCUACUGUGAAAGAAACGGACUCAAACUGAAAGGACCUCAGGGUGGGGGAAAAUUCGAUUGGAAAAGUUAUUUGAGACAAUCAAAAUCGAUAACCGCACCUGAAGCGCUUUUCGAUGAAGAGAACGAACCAGCAGCAAUCAAGAACUUCAAGGUUGUAAUGAUGAAACUGCAGAUGUUUAUUCUGACUAUUGUUCCAAAUUUUUGCUGA